UCCCCUGUUUGUAAAUUUUAUUUAGUCUCCUGACUCUGGCUUCAAUACAACGAUGACUUGCAAGUACAUAAUUCCUAUUUUUAUUUUCAUGGGAGCUUUAGACAACGUAACUUUGCAGGCAAUCAAUACUAGUUAUGCAUCUCUGUCUUUGGAAGAGUUGGUGAGUGGAUUUCGUUUCCAGCAAUUGCAGCUGUCAACAACAAUGAUGAAUGCGAGUAUUCACGCAAGACUUCCCGAGAAAUUGGCUUCUGCUGAGGCCCAAGAAGCGGAUCAAAGAGAAGCAAAAGCAUUCAGAGCAUUUCAUGAAGCCCAGACUCCAUUUAUUGCCACAACAUCGCGCUACAAUUUGGGUUACAUAGGUCGUGGUUAUGAUUUAUUCAAGGGGAAUCCCCUAAGUGAAGACGGAGUGGUGGAUCAAGGAUUUCGCCUGCCGAUAAUGGAAUUACCCUACACCCACAAGUUUACAGCAGACGGAGAAUAUCGGAUUCCAGAUAAUGUUGAUGUCAUUGCAGAAUCAAGCGCCAAGUUUGGAUCCUCUCUCUAUUCAAUGCAGUCAGAGUCGGACUAUAAAAGCAUGUUAAGUGUGGACGCCUCG